AUGCUCAAGAGCUACAAAGCCCCAAAUUCAAUUCCAUUUGGCUCAUCCGUGGCACUUGUAUUCCAUCGUGGAGACUCUAGGGAAUGCCUAACAACACGUUUUUCACGGUCAUCUCCAGCCCUACACUCUGCAACCAAGAGCAAAAGCAAGGCUGGGUCUAAGACCAAAUUCGUUGUUAAAGUCACGCCCACCAAGUCCAAUGGGAUCAGGGCCACUUCUAAAGCUAAAGAAAAGUCCGCGUCCAAGUCCAAGUCGGCCAAAGGCGAGGUGAACGCACCGAAGACCAGAGCUACUACCAAGGGAGGAUCACCUGUGACGAAGCCCAAGACAUCUACUUCCAGACCUGCGAACCGUGGAGGCGCGAAGAAGGCCAAUGUAUCGAAAGCUCGACCUGCGCCAGCGAAAAAGGCCACUCAGCCCAAGAAGAACUCGGCUACGAGACCAACUGCGCAAAAGAAGGCAGCACCAAAGCAAGCCGCACCUAGGAAGCAAGCGGCUCCCAAAGCUGCACCCAGGCCAGCAGCAAAGCCCGUCCAAAAGGCUGCUCCCAAAAAAGUGACAGCCCCUGUCAAAGCUGGCAAGAAGCCACGGUAA